UAAUUAGUGUUAUGUUACAGUCAAUGUCAAAAUUGUCAGUUCCACAAAGUUUUUUGUUGAAAAAUUUUAAAAAGAUAUUGUAUGCUCUUAGUCUUCGUUACUCGAAAUGCCUCUAAAAAUAGCAUCUUCUCAAAGUAAAAAGAAACCUCCUCCAAGACCUCCGCCCCCAAAUCUAAAUAAGCUGAAGAGUAAAUCCACCCACACCAUACACAAAAAUUGUGAUAAUUUAAACCUUAUUGAUUGGAGUCCACCAAACUCCCCCAAAAGUGAUAGUUUACCUAAAUUCGGAGGGAGCGUAUCAAGUUCUUUCAGCAGUAGCACAAGUAGCCUAGCUUCCAUCAAAAAAGCCAGUGAUUAUGAUGUGCUUCUGGCUACCAAUUUUUCAUCAACUGUCUGGGGUAUUAAUUCAGUACAAAAUUCGAAUAACUUAUCUUCUUCCACUUUAAGGAAUAAUAAUUAUGUCUCGAAUAAUGUGAGAAGUAUUGAUAACAACAUAACUAGUGUGCCUUCUUCCUCAUUGUUUGGACCAACAAUAAUCAGACCAAGGCUGAAAAUCAAACAAAAACCAGAGCUUCCAAGUGUUUCAGAUAAUGCAUCCUUUUUGCAUUUGCCUACAGGUCAACCUCCAAGUCCACCCUCAUUGCCUAUGCCUACAGGUCCACCUCCAAGUCCACCUAAAGAUGCUGCCGAUAUUAUAACUCCCUAUGGUGUCGCAUUAUUUCAAUUUCCGGCUACUGAACCAGGAGAUUUAGGACUAGAGGUUGAUGAUGUUGUUAUUUUAAUUCGAAGGGUGAAUAAAGAAUGGCUUCAUGGUCAGGUGAAUGAUCAAGAGGGAAUCUUUCCUGAGAACUUUAUACAAAUCAUCAAUCCUUUACCAGAAGAUUUGAGAUGAUUAUGUUGUUAGUCAUAAAUUCGAAUAUUAUAUUCAGGUUUAUUUAUUGUUUCAGAGAUUUAACACAACCGAAGGCUUUGUAUAAGCCGUAAGAGAUAUUAUACUAACUUUUUCACUUGAUUUAAGUGAAGCACAAGUUUACCUACGUAGGUUUUCAGUAUCAAUUAGAAUUUUUUUCCUACUUUUAAGUUUUCAAUUAAGAAUGAAAUCGAUAAAUUUAGUUAUGAAGAUAAUAGUUUUUAAAAGGAAGUAAUAGUUGUAUAGAACAAUGAUUUCAUACAUCUUUUGGAUAAUUUUGAUGUUCAGAAAAAUAUUCCGUCCUAAAUUUGAUUUAUUAUUGUUGAAUUGUUUUACGAUUGAAAAAUAGUGAUUAAUAUUCUACUGCUUUACUAAUUUGAAAUUUAUUUAUUGAUUUUUGGUAUUACAUUAUGGAAAACGAUCUAAAAGCUAACUAUUGAAUGGUUAUUGUGAAUGUGAUAUAUUUCAGUGCCUAAGGGCACAUAUUUUUAUACUGUAUAUAUGUAUAUCUUGUAUUGGACCUUCUGAUUCUACCUUACAAAAAUAAAUUUUUUGCUGUA